GUUGUUAUUGAUGUUGUUUUGAGGAGGUGUAGUUAGAAUUAGUCUGUAGUCUGGAACAGAGGACAUUUCUCGCUUUCUUUGUGCCGUGGAUUCAGGUAUCAGUUCUGUUUACACGAUGUCAGAAAGCUCGAGUGAUACUGAGUCCUCCUGUGGAUGGACUGUUAUCAGCAACGAGGGCUCAGACAUCGAGUCCCUGGGGCCUGAGAGCGGAGCAGGUUCCUAUCUGCAGGAAGCCGUCGAAGCAGCCCCGCUGCAGCGGGCUGCUCCAGCAGGUAGCGUUCCACAAACCCUCCAGGGUGAGGAUAAGGAGGUUGUGUAUGAAGACUCUGUGGAUAGCACCCUUAAAGAGGCCACAGUGGUGGAAGAUGACUCUGGCCAGCAGGUAGGAAUGGAGGCGUGUCUAGAGGAGCAUGCGAAUCUUUGUUCCUCCAGUGAGCACUCUGAUAUUGUUACCCUUGGAGACUCCAGAGAGGCGGAGCUUGUAACAUGGGAGGGGCCAGUUGUCAAGGAGGACGAGGAAACGGGAACUGAAGAGAUCUACCUGGGAACCUCCUCAAGCAGCCAGUACACUUUCAGUUCUGCAGAGACAAUCUUCCCAGCGGAGCAUACAGUGCGCAGGGGCUCCAGCACUAGCACAGAGGAUGAGGAUGCUGGGAUGGAGGCCAGUCCAGUUGUGAGAAGGCGCAGGCUAAGGAGGAGCACGGCAGGCUCGGAACCAGAGGAACAGCAGGAGGUUACCGAUGGCGGUCAGGAAGAGGCGGGGCAGAGGGAAGUUCAUGUGGCUCCCGCAAACCAGCAGCAGGUCAGUGGAACCCUCAACAAGUGCAUCCUUCUCGCCCUCGUCAUCGCCAUCAGCAUGGGAUUUGGACAUUUCUACGGCACAGUGCAGAUACAGGAACGUCAGAGGAUGGUGGAGAAGAUCCGUGUAAGUGAUCUGAGUGAGACGCGGGAGCUCCAGCAGUGUCGGAAGGAGCAGGACGCUGUCAGUGAGGAUGUGGUCCAGAACCUGAGGGAAGACCUUCAGGACAAACGAGACAUGGUGACGUCCCUGACUGGCAUUAUGGAUAAAAUUACCAAAGAGAACCAACAUCUCACAGCCAAAGAGGUUGAACUUCAGGCUCAAAGAACAGAUUUACUGGAACAACUUCAGCAGACCCGGAGCGAGAUGGCGUCUAAUGAGAAGCGCCUCACCUCAGAGAACCAUGUGCUGAAGAACACUCUAGAGCGCGAGGAAGCAUCUCUCUCCAUCCUUCAGGACGAGCUCCGCCACCUCCGCACGCAAAUUCGCGAGCUGGAGGAGAGAGGGGCCAACACCGACGCCAUUCUUUCUGAGAACCAGCAGUUGAAGGACCACCUCCUGGAGGAGAAGCAGCGUAUUCGGAGCUUCCUGAACCAGAAGGAGGCUCUGAUGGUGGAGGCUCAGGCCUUACGCAAGGCGCUGGACAAGGAGCAGAAGGUGACUGAAAGGAUGAGGGAUCAGCUGGGUGAGCGGGAGAGUGAAGCGGGUGGGGAAGCCGACCCUGAAAGGGAGGCGCUCCAGACACGAGUGCAGGAGCUUGAGAAGAAGCUGAGCUUUGAGCAGCAGCGCUCGGAUCUGUGGGAGCGACUCUACGUGGAGACAAAAGAAGAAAGAACCAAAGGAGACAGGCAACCCAAGCUUAGAACGCCAAAAGAGGGCAUGCUGGGAAAGGUGAAGGAGACGUUUGAUGCAGUGAAGAACUCCACCAAAGAGUUUGUGCACCACCACAAGGAGCAGAUCAAGAAAGCCAAGGAAGCUGUCAAGGAGAACUUCAGGAAGUUCUCGGACUCCGUCAAGUCAACAUUCAGGCACCUGAAGAACUCUGCAUCCAGCAUGUUUGACAAGCACCGACGGCCGCAGGAAACGAAGUCCCAUGAGAGGAAGGAUGCAAGAACAGAGCCGCGGCAGGAGUUUCAGCGUGACGGUUUCAGAGAGCAGGGGAACAAACAUUCAGAGGACUCCCACUGGCUGCACCACAGGCCCCUGCACCAACACUCCCACAAAUCUACAGACGGUCCCUCCUUCCAUGCCGACCGCAACACGCGCAAGUCGGGCGCCCAGAAGGAGCAAGAUGUCACGGGACAGAGAGCCGCACCCAAAGGAUGCGCUGGCGUGUUCGACUGUGCCUACCAGGAGUCCAUGAGCCUCUUCAACAAGGCCAUGGACCCCAUAAGGGCCGACGAGUUCAACCAGCUGCUCCUCAGCUACCUUCAUCAAGAAGUUGGCCACUUCCACCACUGGAGGGAGCUUGAGAGCUUCAUCAACAAUUUCUUUCACAAUGGACUUUUUAUUCACGAUCAGAUGCUGUUCACAGACUUUGUUAGUGGUGUUGAAGAUUACUUGGAGGAUAUGGAUGAGUACCAGGGUGGGAAUGAUGUUUUUGAAGAUCUGGAUGAUUACAUAUACAGGCACUUCUUUGGGGAUACGUACUUGAAACGAUACGGUCCAAGCCGACCUUUCGAUGGGCCAGGGUCAAAGGUCAAAACGGAGCAGGAGCGCCAGAGGCAGCAGCGAAAGCAUUUGCGACCCCUGCCGCCCCGGGACAGGAAAUGGGCUCGGCCGGGCCGCAGCUCUGAUGGACACUUUGCCGAAGUUAAAAUUGAGCUGGGACCCAUUCCGUUCGACCCAAAGUACUAGCACAGUUCAGAUAGUUGUUUCUACUGUAGCUUUUGAAGCAGUUUAUUAUUGCAAAAAGAGUGGUAAGACUAGCACCCCUCCCCUGCUCCUCUCUCUUUGUGAUUUUGCACAAUUGUAAAGGCCUGUUGUACAUUUGUGUGCAGUCUUUGUGUGAACGUGGUUGCUUGUGUUGUGACUGGACACAGUAGUGGUGUACAGAAUCUUCGAGAUUAGUUAUGAAACUAUUUUUGUUCCAGUUUUCGUUGUUAAGAAAGUUAGAGAAGGAAUGUUAUAUAAAAAAUAAAACAUUUAAUUAGAAUAAAGCACAGUUUGACUGAGGAAAAAAAUAUAAAAAAUAAAACUUUAAUUUUAAAUAUUGCAUUGAAUUAGUGUGUACAAAUAAAGAGGUAUGCAAACAACCUGCUGUCUCCUUAGAAAUGUUCUGCUCUCCUAAUAAAACUAAUCUGCAUGUCCACCAUCUAGAAAGGAUGAUCUGAAUGUUCCAUUUUCAGGACCAAAUACACCACUGGUUGACAGUGUGGGUUGUUUCUGAGGUACCUUCCUUUGGUGUGUACGCUUUGGUGUGCAUUGCUUGUUCUACUGCUGCUAAGUGUCAACACUGAUUAGUUUAUUAGAAAUAUUGCAGAGGAGUAAUUUUUUUUAUUUGCCGUUAUGAAUGCAAUCUCUUUUUCCCCUUGGUAAUGUCUUGUUGGAUAAAAACAUCACAAUUGAACCCUUUUUUUAAUGCUAAGAUUUCUUUUUGGUGUUACACAAUUUAUUAUGCACAUCAUUAAAUCUCAAUAAAAAUACA